AUGUGCCUACCGGACCUGUUACUCCGUUCCUCUCCCUCCAUCCGCUUGCUUCCUCUCCCUCCAUCUACUUGCUUUCUCUCCCCCCAUCUACUUGCUUUCUCUCCCUCCAUCUACUUGCUUCCUCUCCCUCCAUCUACUUGCUUCCUCUCCCUCCAUCUACUUGCUUCCUCUCCCUCCAUCUACUUGCUUCCUCUCCCUCCAUCUACUUGCUUCCUCUCCCUCCAUCUACUUGCUUCCUCUCCCUCCAUCUACUUGCUUCCUCUCCCUCCAUCUACUUGCUUCCUCUCCCUCCAUCUACUUGCUUCCUCUCCCUCCAUCUACUUGCUUCCUCUCCCUCCAUCUACUUGCUUUCUCUCCCUCCAUCUACUUGCUUCCUCUCCCUCCAUCUACUUGCUUCCUCUCCCUCCAUCUACUUGCUUCCUCUCCCUCCAUCUACUUGCUUCCUCUCCCUCCAUCUACUUGCUUCCUUUGCACUGCAAGCUUAAGUUCGUAGGCGGCGCCUACCGUUGUGCGCAACACAUCACGUGCUGGAAAGGGCUGAAACGGAAGGACGUCCGUCUUUGCAAGGCGCCUAUCCCUGCUGCUGACCGAGGCGCCGUCCGCGAAUUGUACGAAGGCAAACACGCCCGCAGGGAAGGGAAGAAGAAGGCAGAAGAGAUGGCGAUCGAGGCGUGUUCGGGUGGAUCGAAGAAGCAGUGCAUCGAAGACUUCUACGGGGAAGGGGCGUCGUGUGCGAAGGACUCGGCAGACGACGCCAUCUGCCUCAUGUGGGCGGCGCUUCACCUCCCUGAGCAUCUCGCCGAUCACCCUCUCUGGCGCAACGCCGUGCGCUGCAUCACGGCCGCGGGCCAUGGCUACGUUGCCCCGAAGCGGCGGUAUGUUGGUGGCGCCGGCCUUGCGCGCUGCCGCGGAAAGAUCGAGAAGGGGCUCGCUCCCAUCGCUGCGAGCUGGAAGCGGGAUGGCGUGACGAUAGGUUCCGACAUGAUGACGGACAAAAGUGGCCGUCCCCAAGCCAACAUCCUGCUCAUCAACGAUUCCGGUGCCGUGUUUGCCGAGAGCAUCGACUGUAAGUUGGAGACGAAGACGGGAGGUUACAUUGCAUCUGUUUUGCGCCCAAUCAUUGAGAAGGUGGGGCCCGCCAACAUAGGUGCUUUCUGGAUGGAUGGGGGCAGCAAUUACGCGGCUGCUUGUAGGGAACUCAUGCUUGAGUAUCCUCACAUUGAGCAUGUGCCGUGCUCUACUCAUGUCAUGGACCUGCUCAUGGAAGACAUUGGGAAAAUGGACUGGGCGAAGGACAUUGUGGCUAAGGCGGGGGUGAUUAUUACCUUUGUGCGUGCACACCAUUUCACCAAAGGUUACAUGAGAUGCCCGCAGGUGAAGGGAGGGAAGGGGAAGCAGGUGCUGAAGCCGGCCGGCACCAGAUUUGGCACGCAAUUCAUCGCGGUGCAGCGGCUUUGCGAGGUGCGGAAUGCCUUGACGCAGAUGGUGCUGAGCCCGGAGUGGCAGGCUUGGGCGAAGGGGAGGAAGCCGCCGGUCGAGCCCUUCGCUGAGAUGAUCAUGGACGCCGUGUGGUGGAAGGGGGCGGAGAUGUACGAUCUGAUGCUCCAGCUCACGGAAGUUGUCAAUGCGAAGCUGGAGGAGGAGGAGGCGGGGUUGGUGCUGUCCAGCACUGAACGCACAGAGGUGACCAAUAUCGUCCAGAAGCGCUGGGACCACAGCAUGGCGUGUGCCAUGCACGUGGUUGGCCGGAUCCUCAAUCCGGUCAACCAAGAGGAAGGCAUUUUCCGGACCGACCUGAAGUGUACUCGCGUCUUCAAAGCGUUCGUCGCUCGUCACUUCGCGGGGCAGACCGUCACGCGCAAGGAGGGCGAGGAGCUGCGUGCAUCCCACGUCAUCCAGGACGGUUUGACUGCAUUCAACACUCUCCAGGGGAGCUUCGGCCUACCCGACGCCAUCUCGGACCGUGAGCUCGUGAAGGCCGGUAAGAAGACGGCCGUCCAGUGGUGGACGUGGCACGGUUCGGACCACCCCGAGCUGACCACUCUCGCCUGCCGCGUUCUCUCUCAGCCAGUGUCUGCAUCGGCGUCUUGCUUCCUCUCCCUCCAUCUACUUGCUUCCUCUCCCUCCAUCUACUUGCUUCCUCUCCCUCCAUCUACUUGCUUCCUCUCCCUCCAUCUACUUGCUUUCUCUCCCUCCAUCUACUUGCUUUCUCUCCCUCCACCUACUUGCUUCCUCUCCCUCCAUCUACUUGCUUCCUCUCCCUCCAUCUACUUGCUUCCUCUCCCUCCAUCUACUUGCUUCCUCUCCCUCCAUCUACUUGCUUCCUCUCCCUCCAUCUACUUGCUUUCUCUCCCUCCAUCUACUUGCUUUCUCUCCCUCCAUCUACUUGCUUCCUCUCCCUCCAUCUACUUGCUUCCUCUCCCUCCAUCUACUUGCUUCCUCUCCCUCCAUCUACUUGCUUCCUCUCCCUCCAUCUACUUGCUUUCUCUCCCUCCAUCUACUUGCUUUCUCUCCCUCCAUCUACUUGCUUCCUCUCCCUCCAUCUACUUGCUUCCUCUCCCUCCAUCUACUUGCUUCCUCUCCCUCCAUCUACUUGCUUCCUCUCCCUCCAUCUACUUGCUUUCUCUCCCUCCAUCCAUUUGCUUUCUCUCCCUCCAUCUACUUGCUUCCUCUCCCUCCAUCUACUUGCUUCCUCUCCCUCCAUCUACUUGCUUCCUCUCCCUCCAUCUACUUGCUUCCUCUCCCUCCAUCUACUUGCUUCCUCUCCCUCCAUCUACUUGCUUUCUCUCCCUCCAUCUACUUGCUUUCUCUCCCUCCAUCUACUUGCUUCCUCUCCCUCCAUCUACUUGCUUCCUCUCCCUCCAUCUACUUGCUUCCUCUCCCUCCAUCUACUUGCUUCCUCUCCCUCCAUCUACUUGCUUCCUCUCCCUUCAUCUACUUGCUUUCUCUCCCUCCAUCUACUUGCUUUCUCUCCCUCCAUCUACUUGCUUCCUCUCCCUCCAUCUACUUGCUUCCUCUCCCUCCAUCUACUUGCUUCCUCUCCCUCCAUCUACUUGCUUCCUCUCCCUUCAUCUACUUGCUUUCUCUCCCUCCAUCUACUUGCUUUCUCUCCCUCCAUCUACUUGCUUCCUCUCCCUCCAUCUACUUGCUUCCUCUCCCUCCAUCUACUUGCUUCCUCUCCCUCCAUCUACUUGCUUUCUCUCCCUCCAUCUACUUGCUUCCUCUCCCUCCAUCUACUUGCUUUCUCUCCCUCCAUCUACUUGCUUUCUCUCCCUCCACCUACUUGCUUCCUCUCCCUCCAUCUACUUGCUUCCUCUCCCUCCAUCUACUUGCUUCCUCUCCCUCCAUCUACUUGCUUCCUCUCCCUCCAUCUACUUGCUUCCUCUCCCUCCAUCUACUUGCUUUCUCUCCCUCCAUCUACUUGCUUUCUCUCCCUCCAUCUACUUGCUUCCUCUCCCUCCAUCUACUUGCUUCCUCUCCCUCCAUCUACUUGCUUCCUCUCCCUCCAUCUACUUGCUUCCUCUCCCUCCAUCUACUUGCUUUCUCUCCCUCCAUCUACUUGCUUUCUCUCCCUCCAUCUACUUGCUUCCUCUCCCUCCAUCUACUUGCUUCCUCUCCCUCCAUCUACUUGCUUCCUCUCCCUCCAUCUACUUGCUUCCUCUCCCUCCAUCUACUUGCUUUCUCUCCCUCCAUCCAUUUGCUUUCUCUCCCUCCAUCUACUUGCUUCCUCACCCUCCAUCUACUUGCUUCCUCUCCCUCCAUCUACUUGCUUCCUCUCCCUCCAUCUACUUGCUUCCUCUCCCUCCAUCUACUUGCUUCCUCUCCCUCCAUCUACUUGCUUCCUCUCCCUCCAUCUACUUGCUUUCUCUCCCUCCAUCUACUUGCUUUCUCUCCCUCCAUCUACUUGCUUCCUCUCCCUCCAUCUACUUGCUUCCUCUCCCUCCAUCUACUUGCUUCCUCUCCCUCCAUCUACUUGCUUCCUCUCCCUCCAUCUACUUGCUUCCUCUCCCUCCAUCUACUUGCUUUCUCUCCCUCCAUCUACUUGCUUUCUCUCCCUCCACCUACUUGCUUCCUCUCCCUCCAUCUACUUGCUUCCUCUCCCUCCAUCUACUUGCUUCCUCUCCCUCCAUCUACUUGCUUCCUCUCCCUCCAUCUACUUGCUUCCUCUCCCUCCAUCUACUUGCUUUCUCUCCCUCCAUCUACUUGCUUUCUCUCCCUCCAUCUACUUGCUUCCUCUCCCUCCAUCUACUUGCUUCCUCUCCCUCCAUCUACUUGCUUCCUCUCCCUCCAUCUACUUGCUUCCUCUCCCUCCAUCUACUUGCUUUCUCUCCCUCCAUCUACUUGCUUUCUCUCCCUCCAUCUACUUGCUUCCUCUCCCUCCAUCUACUUGCUUCCUCUCCCUCCAUCUACUUGCUUCCUCUCCCUCCAUCUACUUGCUUCCUCUCCCUCCAUCUACUUGCUUUCUCUCCCUCCAUCCAUUUGCUUUCUCUCCCUCCAUCUACUUGCUUCCUCUCCCUCCAUCUACUUGCUUCCUCUCCCUCCAUCUACUUGCUUCCUCUCCCUCCAUCUACUUGCUUCCUCUCCCUCCAUCUACUUGCUUCCUCUCCCUCCAUCUACUUGCUUCCUCUCCCUCCAUCUACUUGCUUUCUCUCCCUCCAUCUACUUGCUUUCUCUCCCUCCAUCUACUUGCUUCCUCUCCCUCCAUCUACUUGCUUCCUCUCCCUCCAUCUACUUGCUUCCUCUCCCUCCAUCUACUUGCUUCCUCUCCCUCCAUCUACUUGCUUCCUCUCCCUUCAUCUACUUGCUUUCUCUCCCUCCAUCUACUUGCUUUCUCUCCCUCCAUCUACUUGCUUCCUCUCCCUCCAUCUACUUGCUUCCUCUCCCUCCAUCUACUUGCUUCCUCUCCCUCCAUCUACUUGCUUCCUCUCCCUUCAUCUACUUGCUUUCUCUCCCUCCAUCUACUUGCUUUCUCUCCCUCCAUCUACUUGCUUCCUCUCCCUCCAUCUACUUGCUUCCUCUCCCUCCAUCUACUUGCUUCCUCUCCCUCCAUCUACUUGCUUCCUCUCCCUCCAUCCACUUGCUUUCUCUCCCUCCAUCUACUUGCUUUCUCUCCCUCAAUCUACUUGCUUCCUCUCCCUCCAUCUACUUGCUUCCUCUCCCUCCAUCUACUUGCUUCCUCUCCCUCCAUCUACUUGCUUCCUCUCCCUCCAUCUACUUGCUUGCUCUCCCUCCAUCUACUUGCUUUCUCUCCCUCCAUCUACUUGCUUCCUCUCCCUCCAUCUACUUGCUUCCUCUCCCUCCAUCUACUUGCUUCCUCUCCCUCCAUCUACUUGCUUUCUCUCCCUCCAUCUACUUGCUUUCUCUCCCUCCAUCUACUUGCUUCCUCUCCCUCCAUCUACUUGCUUCCUCUCCCUCCAUCUACUUGCUUCCUCUCCCUCCAUCUACUUGCUUCCUCUCCCUCCAUCUACUUGCUUUCUCUCCCUCCAUCUACUUGCUUCCUCUCCCUCCAUCUACUUGCUUCCUCUCCCUCCAUCUACUUGCUUCCUCUCCCUCCAUCUACUUGCUUCCUCUCCCUCCAUCUACUUGCUUUCUCUCCCUCCAUCUACUUGCUUUCUCUCCCUCCAUCUACUUGCUUUCUCUCCCUCCAUCUACUUGCUUCCUCUCCCUCCAUCUACUUGCUUCCUCUCCCUCCAUCUACUUGCUUCCUCUCCCUCCAUCUACUUGCUUCCUCUCCCUCCAUCUACUUGCUUCCUCUCCCUCCAUCUACUUGCUUCCUCUCCCUUCAUCUACUUGCUUUCUCUCCCUCCAUCUACUUGCUUCCUCUCCCUCCAUCUACUUGCUUCCUCUCCCUCCAUCUACUUGCUUCCUCUCCCUCCAUCUACUUGCUUCCUCUCCCUCCAUCUACUUGCUUCCUCUCCCUCCAUCUACUUGCUUUCUCUCCCUCCAUCUACUUGCUUUCUCUCCCUCAAUCUACUUGCUUCCUCUCCCUCCAUCUACUUGCUUCCUCUCCCUCCAUCUACUUGCUUCCUCUCCCUCCAUCUACUUGCUUCCUCUCCCUCCAUCUACUUGCUUGCUCUCCCUCCAUCUACUUGCUUUCUCUCCCUCCAUCUACUUGCUUCCUCUCCCUCCAUCUACUUGCUUCCUCUCCCUCCAUCUACUUGCUUCCUCUCCCUCCAUCUACUUGCUUCCUCUCCCUCCAUCUACUUGCUUUCUCUCCCUCCAUCUACUUGCUUUCUCUCCCUCCAUCUACUUGCUUCCUCUCCCUCCAUCUACUUGCUUCCUCUCCCUCCAUCUACUUGCUUCCUCUCCCUCCAUCUACUUGCUUCCUCUCCCUCCAUCUACUUGCUUCCUCUCCCUCCAUCUACUUGUUUUCUCUCCCUCCAUCUACUUGCUUUCUCUCCCUCCACCUACUUGCUUCCUCUCCCUCCAUCUACUUGCUUCCUCUCCCUCCAUCUACUUGCUUCCUCUCCCUCCAUCUACUUGCUUCCUCUCCCUCCAUCUACUUGCUUCCUCUCCCUCCAUCUACUUGCUUUCUCUCCCUCCAUCUACUUGCUUUCUCUCCCUCCAUCUACUUGCUUCCUCUCCCUCCAUCUACUUGCUUCCUCUCCCUCCAUCUACUUGCUUCCUCUCCCUCCAUCUACUUGCUUCCUCUCCCUCCAUCUACUUGCUUUCUCUCCCUCCAUCUACUUGCUUUCUCUCCCUCCAUCUACUUGCUUCCUCUCCCUCCAUCUACUUGCUUCCUCUCCCUCCAUCUACUUGCUUCCUCUCCCUCCAUCUACUUGCUUCCUCUCCCUCCAUCUACUUGCUUUCUCUCCCUCCAUCCAUUUGCUUUCUCUCCCUCCAUCUACUUGCUUCCUCUCCCUCCAUCUACUUGCUUCCUCUCCCUCCAUCUACUUGCUUCCUCUCCCUCCAUCUACUUGCUUCCUCUCCCUCCAUCUACUUGCUUCCUCUCCCUCCAUCUACUUGCUUCCUCUCCCUCCAUCUACUUGCUUUCUCUCCCUCCAUCUACUUGCUUUCUCUCCCUCCAUCUACUUGCUUCCUCUCCCUCCAUCUACUUGCUUCCUCUCCCUCCAUCUACUUGCUUCCUCUCCCUCCAUCUACUUGCUUCCUCUCCCUCCAUCUACUUGCUUCCUCUCCCUUCAUCUACUUGCUUUCUCUCCCUCCAUCUACUUGCUUUCUCUCCCUCCAUCUACUUGCUUCCUCUCCCUCCAUCUACUUGCUUCCUCUCCCUCCAUCUACUUGCUUCCUCUCCCUCCAUCUACUUGCUUCCUCUCCCUUCAUCUACUUGCUUUCUCUCCCUCCAUCUACUUGCUUUCUCUCCCUCCAUCUACUUGCUUCCUCUCCCUCCAUCUACUUGCUUCCUCUCCCUCCAUCUACUUGCUUCCUCUCCCUCCAUCUACUUGCUUCCUCUCCCUCCAUCUACUUGCUUCCUCUCCCUCCAUCUACUUGCUUCCUCUCCCUCCAUCUACUUGCUUUCUCUCCCUCCAUCUACUUGCUUUCUCUCCCUCCACCUACUUGCUUCCUCUCCCUCCAUCUACUUGCUUCCUCUCCCUCCAUCUACUUGCUUCCUCUCCCUCCAUCUACUUGCUUCCUCUCCCUCCAUCUACUUGCUUCCUCUCCCUCCAUCUACUUGCUUUCUCUCCCUCCAUCUACUUGCUUUCUCUCCCUCCAUCUACUUGCUUCCUCUCCCUCCAUCUACUUGCUUCCUCUCCCUCCAUCUACUUGCUUCCUCUCCCUCCAUCUACUUGCUUCCUCUCCCUCCAUCUACUUGCUUUCUCUCCCUCCAUCUACUUGCUUUCUCUCCCUCCAUCUACUUGCUUCCUCUCCCUCCAUCUACUUGCUUCCUCUCCCUCCAUCUACUUGCUUCCUCUCCCUCCAUCUACUUGCUUCCUCUCCCUCCAUCUACUUGCUUUCUCUCCCUCCAUCCAUUUGCUUUCUCUCCCUCCAUCUACUUGCUUCCUCUCCCUCCAUCUACUUGCUUCCUCUCCCUCCAUCUACUUGCUUCCUCUCCCUCCAUCUACUUGCUUCCUCUCCCUCCAUCUACUUGCUUCCUCUCCCUCCAUCUACUUGCUUCCUCUCCCUCCAUCUACUUGCUUUCUCUCCCUCCAUCUACUUGCUUUCUCUCCCUCCAUCUACUUGCUUCCUCUCCCUCCAUCUACUUGCUUCCUCUCCCUCCAUCUACUUGCUUCCUCUCCCUCCAUCUACUUGCUUCCUCUCCCUCCAUCUACUUGCUUCCUCUCCCUUCAUCUACUUGCUUUCUCUCCCUCCAUCUACUUGCUUUCUCUCCCUCCAUCUACUUGCUUCCUCUCCCUCCAUCUACUUGCUUCCUCUCCCUCCAUCUACUUGCUUCCUCUCCCUCCAUCUACUUGCUUCCUCUCCCUUCAUCUACAUGCUUUCUCUCCCUCCAUCUACUUGCUUUCUCUCCCUCCAUCUACUUGCUUCCUCUCCCUCCAUCUACUUGCUUCCUCUCCCUCCAUCUACUUGCUUCCUCUCCCUCCAUCUACUUGCUUCCUCUCCCUCCAUCUACUUGCUUUCUCUCCCUCCAUCUACUUGCUUUCUCUCCCUCAAUCUACUUGCUUCCUCUCCCUCCAUCUACUUGCUUCCUCUCCCUCCAUCUACUUGCUUCCUCUCCCUCCAUCUACUUGCUUCCUCUCCCUCCAUCUACUUGCUUGCUCUCCCUCCAUCUACUUGCUUUCUCUCCCUCCAUCUACUUGCUUCCUCUCCCUCCAUCUACUUGCUUCCUCUCCCUCCAUCUACUUGCUUCCUCUCCCUCCAUCUACUUGCUUUCUCUCCCUCCAUCUACUUGCUUUCUCUCCCUCCAUCUACUUGCUUCCUCUCCCUCCAUCUACUUGCUUCCUCUCCCUCCAUCUACUUGCUUCCUCUCCCUCCAUCUACUUGCUUCCUCUCCCUCCAUCUACUUGCUUUCUCUCCCUCCAUCUACUUGCUUCCUCUCCCUCCAUCUACUUGCUUCCUCUCCCUCCAUCUACUUGCUUCCUCUCCCUCCAUCUACUUGCUUCCUCUCCCUCCAUCUACUUGCUUUCUCUCCCUCCAUCUACUUGCUUUCUCUCCCUCCAUCUACUUGCUUUCUCUCCCUCCAUCUACUUGCUUCCUCUCCGUCCAUCUACUUGCUUCCUCUCCCUCCAUCUACUUGCUUCCUCUCCCUCCAUCUACUUGCUUCCUCUCCCUCCAUCUACUUGCUUCCUCUCCCUCCAUCUACUUGCUUCCUCUCCCUUCAUCUACUUGCUUUCUCUCCCUCCAUCUACUUGCUUCCUCUCCCUCCAUCUACUUGCUUCCUCUCCCUCCAUCUACUUGCUUCCUCUCCCUCCAUCUACUUGCUUCCUCUCCCUCCAUCUACUUGCUUCCUCUCCCUCCAUCUACUUGCUUUCUCUCCCUCCAUCUACUUGCUUUCUCUCCCUCAUCUACUUGCUUCCUCUCCCUCCAUCUACUUGCUUCCUCUCCCUCCAUCUACUUGCUUCCUCUCCCUCCAUCUACUUGCUUCCUCUCCCUCCAUCUACUUGCUUCCUCUCCCUCCAUCUACUUGCUUGCUCUCCCUCCAUCUACUUGCUUUCUCUCCCUCCAUCUACUUGCUUCCUCUCCCUCCAUCUACUUGCUUCCUCUCCCUCCAUCUACUUGCUUCCUCUCCCUCCAUCUACUUGCUUUCUCUCCCUCCAUCUACUUGCUUUCUCUCCCUCCAUCUACUUGCUUCCUCUCCCUCCAUCUACUUGCUUCCUCUCCCUCCAUCUACUUGCUUCCUCUCCCUCCAUCUACUUGCUUCCUCUCCCUCCAUCUACUUGCUUUCUCUCCCUCCAUCUACUUGCUUCCUCUCCCUCCAUCUACUUGCUUCCUCUCCCUCCAUCUACUUGCUUCCUCUCCCUCCAUCUACUUGCUUCCUCUCCCUCCAUCUACUUGCUUUCUCUCCCUCCAUCUACUUGCUUUCUCUCCCUCCAUUUACUUGCUUUCUCUCCCUCCAUCUACUUGCUUCCUCUCCCUCCAUCUACUUGCUUCCUCUCCCUCCAUCUACUUGCUUCCUCUCCCUCCAUCUACUUGCUUCCUCUCCCUCCAUCUACUUGCUUUCUCUCCCUCCAUCUACUUGCUUUCUCUCCCUCCAUCUACUUGCUUCCUCUCCCUCCAUCUACUUGCUUCCUCUCCCUCCAUCUACUUGCUUCCUCUCCCUCCAUCUACUUGCUUUCUCUCCCUCCAUCUACUUGCUUCCUCUCCCUCCAUCUACUUGCUUCCUCUCCCUCCAUCUACUUGCUUCCUCUCCCUCCAUCUACUUGCUUCCUCUCCCUCCAUCUACUUGCUUCCUCUCCCUCCAUCUACUUGCUUCCUCUCCCUCCAUCUACUUGCUUCCUCUCCCUCCAUCUACUUGCUUCCUCUCCCUCCAUCUACUUGCUUCCUCUCCCUCAUCUACUUGCUUCUCUCCCUCAUCUACUUGCUUUCUCUCCCUCCAUCUACUUGCUUUCUCUCCCUCCAUCUACUUGCUUCCUCUCCCUCCAUCUACUUGCUUCCUCUCCCUCCAUCUACUUGCUUCCUCUCCCUCCAUCUACUUGCUUCCUCUCCCUCCAUCUACUUGCUUCCUCUCCCUUCAUCUACUUGCUUUCUCUCCCUCCAUCUACUUGCUUCCUCUCCCUCCAUCUACUUGCUUCCUCUCCCUCCAUCUACUUGCUUCCUCUCCCUCCAUCUACUUGCUUCCUCUCCCUCCAUCUACUUGCUUCCUCUCCCUCCAUCUACUUGCUUUCUCUCCCUCCAUCUACUUGCUUUCUCUCCCUCAAUCUACUUGCUUCCUCUCCCUCCAUCUACUUGCUUCCUCUCCCUCCAUCUACUUGCUUCCUCUCCCUCCAUCUACUUGCUUCCUCUCCCUCCAUCUACUUGCUUGCUCUCCCUCCAUCUACUUGCUUUCUCUCCCUCCAUCUACUUGCUUCCUCUCCCUCCAUCUACUUGCUUCCUCUCCCUCCAUCUACUUGCUUCCUCUCCCUCCAUCUACUUGCUUUCUCUCCCUCCAUCUACUUGCUUUCUCUCCCUCCAUCUACUUGCUUCCUCUCCCUCCAUCUACUUGCUUCCUCUCCCUCCAUCUACUUGCUUCCUCUCCCUCCAUCUACUUGCUUUCUCUCCCUCCAUCUACUUGCUUUCUCUCCCUCCAUCUACUUGCUUCCUCUCCCUCCAUCUACUUGCUUCCUCUCCCUCCAUCUACUUGCUUCCUCUCCCUCCAUCUACUUGCUUCCUCUCCCUCCAUCUACUUGCUUUCUCUCCCUCCAUCUACUUGCUUCCUCUCCCUCCAUCUACUUGCUUCCUCUCCCUCCAUCUACUUGCUUCCUCUCCCUCCAUCUACUUGCUUCCUCUCCCUCCAUCUACUUGCUUUCUCUCCCUCCAUCUACUUGCUUUCUCUCCCUCCAUCUACUUGCUUUCUCUCCCUCCAUCUACUUGCUUCCUCUCCCUCCAUCUACUUGCUUCCUCUCCCUCCAUCUACUUGCUUCCUCUCCCUCCAUCUACUUGCUUCCUCUCCCUCCAUCUACUUGCUUCCUCUCCCUCCAUCUACUUGCUUCCUCUCCCUUCAUCUACUUGCUUUCUCUCCCUCCAUCUACUUGCUUCCUCUCCCUCCAUCUACUUGCUUCCUCUCCCUCCAUCUACUUGCUUCCUCUCCCUCCAUCUACUUGCUUCCUCUCCCUCCAUCUACUUGCUUCCUCUCCCUCCAUCUACUUGCUUUCUCUCCCUCCAUCUACUUGCUUUCUCUCCCUCAAUCUACUUGCUUCCUCUCCCUCCAUCUACUUGCUUCCUCUCCCUCCAUCUACUUGCUUCCUCUCCCUCCAUCUACUUGCUUCCUCUCCCUCCAUCUACUUGCUUGCUCUCCCUCCAUCUACUUGCUUUCUCUCCCUCCAUCUACUUGCUUCCUCUCCCUCCAUCUACUUGCUUCCUCUCCCUCCAUCUACUUGCUUCCUCUCCCUCCAUCUACUUGCUUUCUCUCCCUCCAUCUACUUGCUUUCUCUCCCUCCAUCUACUUGCUUCCUCUCCCUCCAUCUACUUGCUUCCUCUCCCUCCAUCUACUUGCUUCCUCUCCCUCCAUCUACUUGCUUCCUCUCCCUCCAUCUACUUGCUUUCUCUCCCUCCAUCUACUUGCUUCCUCUCCCUCCAUCUACUUGCUUCCUCUCCCUCCAUCUACUUGCUUCCUCUCCCUCCAUCUACUUGCUUCCUCUCCCUCCAUCUACUUGCUUUCUCUCCCUCCAUCUACUUGCUUUCUCUCCCUCCAUUUACUUGCUUUCUCUCCCUCCAUCUACUUGCUUCCUCUCCCUCCAUCUACUUGCUUCCUCUCCCUCCAUCUACUUGCUUCCUCUCCCUCCAUCUACUUGCUUCCUCUCCCUCCAUCUACUUGCUUUCUCUCCCUCCAUCUACUUGCUUUCUCUCCCUCCAUCUACUUGCUUCCUCUCCCUCCAUCUACUUGCUUCCUCUCCCUCCAUCUACUUGCUUCCUCUCCCUCCAUCUACUUGCUUUCUCUCCCUCCAUCUACUUGCUUCCUCUCCCUCCAUCUACUUGCUUCCUCUCCCUCCAUCUACUUGCUUCCUCUCCCUCCAUCUACUUGCUUCCUCUCCCUCCAUCUACUUGCUUCCUCUCCCUCCAUCUACUUGCUUCCUCUCCCUCCAUCUACUUGCUUCCUCUCCCUCCAUCUACUUGCUUCCUCUCCCUCCAUCUACUUGCUUCCUCUCCCUUCAUCUACUUGCUUUCUCUCCCUCCAUCUACUUGCUUUCUCUCCCUCCAUCUACUUGCUUCCUCUCCCUCCAUCUACUUGCUUCCUCUCCCUCCAUCUACUUGCUUCCUCUCCCUCCAUCUACUUGCUUCCUCUCCCUCCAUCUACUUGCUUCCUCUCCCUUCAUCUACUUGCUUUCUCUCCCUCCAUCUACUUGCUUCCUCUCCCUCCAUCUACUUGCUUCCUCUCCCUCCAUCUACUUGCUUCCUCUCCCUCCAUCUACUUGCUUCCUCUCCCUCCAUCUACUUGCUUCCUCUCCCUCCAUCUACUUGCUUUCUCUCCCUCCAUCUACUUGCUUUCUCUCCCUCAAUCUACUUGCUUCCUCUCCCUCCAUCUACUUGCUUCCUCUCCCUCCAUCUACUUGCUUCCUCUCCCUCCAUCUACUUGCUUCCUCUCCCUCCAUCUACUUGCUUGCUCUCCCUCCAUCUACUUGCUUUCUCUCCCUCCAUCUACUUGCUUCCUCUCCCUCCAUCUACUUGCUUCCUCUCCCUCCAUCUACUUGCUUCCUCUCCCUCCAUCUACUUGCUUUCUCUCCCUCCAUCUACUUGCUUUCUCUCCCUCCAUCUACUUGCUUCCUCUCCCUCCAUCUACUUGCUUCCUCUCCCUCCAUCUACUUGCUUCCUCUCCCUCCAUCUACUUGCUUCCUCUCCCUCCAUCUACUUGCUUCUCUCCCUCCAUCUACUUGCUUCUCUCCCUCCAUCUACUUGCUUCCUCUCCCUCCAUCUACUUGCUUCCUCUCCCUCCAUCUACUUGCUUCCUCUCCCUCCAUCUACUUGCUUCCUCUCCCUCCAUCUACUUGCUUUCUCUCCCUCCAUCUACUUGCUUUCUCUCCCUCCAUUUACUUGCUUUCUCUCCCUCCAUCUACUUGCUUCCUCUCCCUCCAUCUACUUGCUUCCUCUCCCUCCAUCUACUUGCUUCCUCUCCCUCCAUCUACUUGCUUCCUCUCCCUCCAUCUACUUGCUUUCUCUCCCUCCAUCUACUUGCUUUCUCUCCCUCCAUCUACUUGCUUCCUCUCCCUCCAUCUACUUGCUUCCUCUCCCUCCAUCUACUUGCUUCCUCUCCCUCCAUCUACUUGCUUUCUCUCCCUCCAUCUACUUGCUUCCUCUCCCUCCAUCUACUUGCUUCCUCUCCCUCCAUCUACUUGCUUCCUCUCCCUCCAUCUACUUGCUUCCUCUCCCUCCAUCUACUUGCUUCCUCUCCCUCCAUCUACUUGCUUCCUCUCCCUCCAUCUACUUGCUUUCUCUCCCUCCAUCUACUUGCUUCCUCUCCCUCCAUCUACUUGCUUCCUCUCCCUCCAUCUACUUGCUUCCUCUCCCUCCAUCUACUUGCUUCCUCUCCCUCCAUCUACUUGCUUCCUCUCCCUCCAUCUACUUGCUUCCUCUCCCUCCAUCUACUUGCUUUCUCUCCCUCCAUCUACUUGCUUCCUCUCCCUCCAUCUACUUGCUUCCUCUCCCUCCAUCUACUUGCUUCCUCUCCCUCCAUCUACUUGCUUCCUCUCCCUCCAUCUACUUGCUUCCUCUCCCUCCAUCGCACCUCCAUUCAGACACCUGUGCCAUCAAGAGCUGCAACCUUACGGAACCAGCUGCACUGUGCUGCCGUACAACAAAGCCGCCUACUGCGCGCGCGUACACAUGCAUGCACCAUCUGCUGUCUCACUUUGUGUGCUCCUCCCCCCUCUUCCCCACCUCCACAGCACCUUCCUCGUGUGGGUGGGGUCUGCCUUGCAGGAGCCAGGAGCCAGCUGCAUUCCAGUUUCGUACAGCAAAGCCGCCUACUGCCUCUGCCCUCCCGGGUCUGCCAUGACCGCCGUUGGUUGCGUCCUAGACGCCACCCCCACCGUCUCUACGACCAGCUUCACCUUCUACACGCUCCCAAGCUACGGCGUAACGCCCGCCGCCUACACCAUGCGUCUCACCUACAACGGCUGCACCAACCUCACAGCCUCCAGUGCACCGGACAUCCAGUCGUAUGGCAGCGUGCAGGAUGCCCCUGGAGAAAUUAUUACGGGUAUCCUUUCCGCUCCUUCGGCUGCUCUAUCUUUGGUGAGUGCUGCUGUGUUGGCUGGUGGGACCAUUGUGUUGGUGGGGGCCAUUGCGUUCCUUUCUUUGGCCCUGUAUCUGCUGGCCCAUUUAGUUAACAACUCGUAA